ACUGUUUGGGGCUGGCUGAUGUAGACGCUGGCGGCCGAUUCUACGCUGCAAGCUACAGUAGUGAGUAACAAGUUCCGAGACGGUUCUUGGUGGAUCUCUUUAGAAAAUGCGUGCGAUCGGGCGAAAGUAUUUAUAAGUUCUUGAGUUCAGAGGACGUAGAGUGCUUUAAAAGAGUCGUAGAAUUGGUCUUCAUCGAUUCACACUCGAUCUGAGUGUUAGUCCAGUAGCAGGUGUUGGAAGAGCAUUCUUGGCAGGUUUGUGUUUGGAGGAGGAAUCGAUCAUUUUCAGAUCAGGUUUGGUGAUUGUGUUGUGAUUUUGAGGCGUGGAGAGAAAGGAACAAGGUUGGUGGAGAUAUUUCAAUGUCUGUCAUGGUCGCUACUCCGCCCUGCACCCCGCGUACUCUGCAAAGGUGGAAACUCGAGGAGUUUCAGCAUUAUCUUCUGGAAGAAGACGACAACCUCUGGAUCACGGAGGAGGAACUCAUGCCUUCGCAGCAGAUGGAGAAUUCAGAAGAAUUGAGCGCUGAAGCAUUCUUAGACACCCUCACAUCGCCCUCACAUACUCCCAAGUCCCCUGGUCUGUUGCCAUCGUGGUCAUCAGAUGAGCUUCGUUCUUUGGAUCUUUCAGACCAGGUUCGAGCUCAAUCAAUGCUCGACGACUUGUGUAAUGUGAUGCAAGCAUUCUCGGGGCAACAUUCAGUUCAGUCCAGGGUGCACAACUUGUUCCCUGCGAUUCCCGAUAACCUCAGCUCGUCGAGUGUUGGGCCGAGUUAUACAAGGUCAUGUAAUGGUGAUUCUGAACACAUCGAUUUUGCGGAAAGUUAUCUGGAGGACGAUGAUGCUCAGGCUUGGAUUGAAUCGUUUGGAACAGAGCCACAAGCCUCAUCACCAUCGCAGGAGGAAGGCUGUAUGCCGAAGAAAGAUGACGUGCCGUUGCGAGCCAAUCUACAAACUCUUCAAGUCAAUUCCAAGAGAACUCGGCUGUUCAAUUACCGGGGUGUGAGGCGGAGGCCGUGGGGGAAAUUUGCUGCAGAAAUCCGGGAUUCCUCACAAAACGGUGCUCGGAUUUGGCUCGGGACAUACGAAACGGCUGAAGCAGCUGCCGUCGCAUACGAUCAUGCGGCAUUUGAAAUGCGAGGUUGCAAGGCUCUCUUAAACUUCCCUCUGAAUGCCCACAUUUACUCGGCUAACCUGGCCGCAAAGAAAAGUGCCGGCAGCUCUCCCAAGUCUGCCAACUCGUCGAAAUCCCCCUCAAAGACAUCAGCACCCCUCCGAUCGUCAGGGCGGGAACAGGGAAAGUCAUCUUCAGCCGGCACACCGGCAGAGAAGUUCAGUAAACCAAAAUCUCCCUCGACCAACUCGAAAUUCCCGAAGAGAGCCAACCCGCCUGCUUUGGCCGAGCCAGCUCAAUUCACGAACCUCAACCAAACAAGCGUUCAGAAAGUGGAAGCAGAGCUAGCCGCACAGACUUUGGCCAGCAGCAUGGCCGUCGUCUCCCCCCAGCUUCUGCAGAUGAAAGCUGCCAUGAUGCAGAAGGCAACUGGGCUGAUCACUAUUUGUUCCUUAAUGCAGCUUCUUGGUGGAAUGUCCAGUCCGGCAUGUUCUGCAUCUUAUGGCACGCUACCACAACUUCCACAGAGAGGUUUCUCAUACUUGGAACAGGCAGCAUUGAUCAACGCACUGCAUCAAGAGCAGAACUAUGGAUUUCCAUCCACCUCAGCCGGUCUCAAACGCAGCAGAUCGGCAGAGUCGUUCGCAGAUCCUGCAAGCUUGUGGGAGCCGUCCUCUAAGAAAGUUUUCCGAAGAACAGCUGCCAUGGGAAGUUCUACUUUAUAUUAAUCUAUCUUUAGGGGUCGAAAUUUGUAGUUUAUUUGAAGGGUUACAUUAUCUUGAUGCAACCCAUUGCUAAAAUAGAUCCAAGAGAGGUCAUUCCCGUCGGGAAAAGGACGUGUACAGGUGAAAUUGGGAGGCUCUCCGAGUUAUGUAUCAUAUUAGGGUCGAUGACCCUCAGAAGAUGAAUUAACUUUUUGUUCGCGACAAUUUCUAGACACCAGACGAAUAUUUUUGUGGUGAGCUGAAAUGCUGGCAGUUUGCCGGAAUUAAAUGCUUUUAACAGGCUUAGGACAGCAGUUAGCCGGAAUUAAUCCCGGACUGUUGGGGAAUCACAACACUCCAGAGGCAUCCCUUCAAAUUGUGAAUAAAACUGAUUUGAAGCAUGA